AUGGGACAGAACAGGCGGCCCAGCUCUGGGUCGCAGCAGCAGAUGCCCCGAGGGCCAAAUGGCAUCAUUGCGCCACCUGGAGACAAGGCUGGUGUGGACAUCACAGGCCUGCCUGCCAACGGAGCAGUGUCUUUGAAGCUGGAGGCCGUCAAAAAGAUGGUGCAGAGGAAGGCGGACACUCCGCCACCCAAUGAUCGCCAGCCCUCCCCGGCGGACAGCAAAGGCGAGGGUGUGCGGGGCGCAUCUGAGGGGCGGGAGGGCACGCCACAGGAGACGGACGCGCAGCGGCGCAAGCGCGAGGAGACGUUGCUGGCGAGCGCGGCGGCGAUUCGAGCCCUGCGCGCGACGCUUUCUUUGGCUUUCCAGCGGCCGCACCCGGAGCCGGCCGCGCCGCCGACCGGCCAUGACUACAUCCUGCAGGAGAUGCGCUGGCUGGCAAACGACUUUGGGCAGGAGCGGCUGUGGAAGAGGACUGCAGCGCGCGCAUUCGCGCACGCCGCCGCAGCCGUGGCGAAAAAGGGCAGCCUUAAAACGACGCCCUUGGGCGAUCAACUUCGAGCCGAGGCCGCCAAGGCAAUGGCGCAGGAGGAGUCACUGAAGUCUAGGAAGGAGCGCAUGGCCAGCAACCGCAACGCUGGCACCUCUGGCACCAAUAGCCUUGCCACCAACGGCCUGCUGCAUGGUCCGGCGUCGUUUGGGGACCUGAUGCUGACCUACAAGGCGGCGGAGAGCCUGCCAGAGCUCCUGGAGCGCCACAUCACCGAGCUGGCCGAGGCAGAUGUCAUCCUGCGCCUGCAGGAGGAGCGGGAGUGGGAAGAAGAGGUUGAUGCGGCGCGGCGCGCGGCGGCCGAGAGCGCGGAGAUAAAGCGGCAGGAGAGGGAGGCCGCCGAGGACGCCGCAGACGGCGCCACCACCGUCGACGAAGAGGACAAGCCGCUCGGGCUGACAGCCAAGCGGCGGAAGAAGGGUCGGCUGGCGCCGCACAUUCUGAAGGACUAUGUGGAGCUGGAUGAUGUGACGGACGUGGGAACUCCCCUCGGCAGACGCCUCGGCCCCGGCCGGCGGCCCACCAGUAGCCUGCGCCCCUCCUCCGGCCUCUCGGACCGCCAGCUGUCGGACGCGGAGCAGCGUGUGCGCAAGCGCCGGCGGCGGGACUUGGACGACGAGGACUACGAGGAGCCCGUGCAGCCGCGCCGAAUCUCCGCGCGCAAGGCCUCCCAGGUGGCGGCCAGCCUGGACCGCCAGCGUGGCGGCAUGAUGCGCCAGCCGGACAAGCGUGGCGCCACCGGGGGGCCCGCCAACAAGAAGGCCCUCAACCGCAUGGACAGCAUGGGCUACCAGAUUGGCCGGCGCGGCAGCGGCGCUGCGGGCAGCGGGCAGACGAUACCGUGGAGCCCAGAGGAGGAGCGGCUGCUGUGCGCGAUCGUGCACGAGUUUGGCAGCAACUGGUUCCUGGUGGCCGACGUGCUCGCGGCAUCCUGCUCCAUGCAGGGCAUCUACCGCAGCCCCCAUAACUGCCGCCAGCGCUUCCGAGCCAUCACGAUGAGCGGGCAGGGCGACGCGGAGCCGACGGAGGAGAGCGCGCUGGCGGCAAUGCAGAUCGACAAGAUGAGCGCGCGGCAGAUGAUCCACCAGUCGCUGCCGAUGCCCUCUGACAUCCUGCGCACGCAUCAGAGCGCGCUCGCCAACGUGGGCCAGAAGGCGCGCCAGAACAGGCAGCAGGACGAAAUGCGCGCGCGGAAUGCCGCAUCUCAGCGGAUCGAGGCGCACCCCUCUUACGCGCUCGUUGUCGCCGGCGUGCUCGCCACCGCGCAGGGCACCUACCGCAACCCCAUGGAGCUUGCCGACAUGGCCGAGGCCGCCGCGUCCGCCCAGGCUGCUCAAGCGGCAGCUGCAGCCGCGGCGGCACAGGCGGCCAACAUCGCGCCGCCGCCAGGGGCGGCCAUGGCGCCGGGCCUGGCCGGGCCGCCCAUGCCGGGCGCGGGGCCGAUGUCGCCAGCGCAGGCGUUCCCUCCAGCGCUCAACGCGCCGAUGCCGCCCAUGCACCCGCCGCCCCCGGGCUUCCCUGCCGGCCCCGGCCAGCCGCCGCCGUCCCCCGGCGGCGGCGCCGCGCCAGCCGGCCCGGCCGGGCCGGCUCCCGGCGCCGAUCAGCAGCUGCAGCAGCCGCCAAUGGCCGGCGGCAUGCCAGGCAUGCCGCCCGCGCUGCCUCCGGCGAGCCAGCAGCAGCCGCCGCAGGGGCAGGCGGCUCCGCCAAACGGCGCGGCGCUGCCGAUGAGCGCGGCGCUGGGCGGCGGCGGCCCCGCACAGGUGGCGUCACCUGGGCCGCUCCAGCAGCAGCCAGCGGCCGGCGGCAUCCCCGGCAGCCCGGCUGGCAUGUCCUUUGGCAUGCCCAUGGCACCCGGCCCUGGCACACCCGGCGGCACACCCCAGCAGCAACAGCAGCAGCAGCGGGGCCAGAUCACCAACGCGCAGCUGCAGCAAAUACUGCGCACCAACCAGCUGCCGGACGGGCGCGAGCUGACGGCGCAGAUGCGCAAUGCACUCAUCCAGCGCAUCCAGGGCCAGCAACGGCAGGCCCUUCCAAAAGCGGGUAUGCCGCCGAGCAUGCAGCCGCAAGCGAUGCAGAUGCAGGCGGCUCAGAACCUGGUGGCGCAUCAGCAGGCGGCGGCCGCGCGCAUGCAGCAGCCGAUGCAGCAGGGGCAGCCGGGCAUGCAGCUGCCGCCGCAGCCGGGGCAGCAGCCCGGGGGCGUUCCCGGGCAACACCUGCCGCCCGGCAUGCUGCCCAAUGGGCUGCCCGGAAUGCGCCCCCCGGGCGGCUAUGGCCUGCCUGUCGGCGGGCCCCUCGCCGGCGGCGGACCCCCCGCCAUGAUGGCCGGCGGUGGCCAGCCGCGGCCGCCGCAGCCGGGGGGGCUCCCACCUAUGGCCCCCGGCCAGAUGAUCGCCGGCGGCAUGGCUCCACCCCAGAUGCCUGGAUCCAAUUUGGGCGCCAUGCCAAACCUCCUCGCGCAGUCGGUUGCGGCCGCCAAGCCGCCCGGGACCAGCGGCUGA